UUGCCACGUCAAAUUUACAAAACGAUGGCAUUACCUUUCAUAUAUAAAUUCAGCGUCUAUAAAGUGACACAUUGUCUCCAAGCAGUAACGACAUUCACGUCAGCGUGCGGUGGCCAAGCUGGCGGAGGAAACACAGGAGGGAGCAAACACUCCAUAUCAUAUAAGCCCUAUGUGGCUCCACCAGACAAGCCCCAUGACCUAAAGAACAUGGAACUGAAGAGGCCAAUGUCACCGCAUUUAACUAUCUAUGCACCAACCCUAACGGCCAUGACUUCUAUAGUCCAGCGAAUUACUGGUGUCAUAGUGCUCUCCUAUGCUUUACUGCUCUCUGCAGGUACUUUGUUCCUUUCCAAUGGCGUGGAGACCUAUGUGUCCGUAAUACAAAGUUUGGAUCUCUCGAGGCCUUCCAUUGUUAUUAUAAAGAUAUUACUAGGAGCCCCUUUCGUGUAUCAUUAUUUUAAUGGAAUAAGAUACUGCGCGUGGAAUGCAGGUAAAUGGUUGUCACUGAAAGAAGUAUACGGCACUGCGAAGAAGAGUUUUGUUCUUACUGGAAUUUUCACAUUGCUAUUCGCAUUUCUUUGA